AAAGCACGUCUUUUUUUAUUUUGUUUAUUUUGAUGACCCUGGUUUUGAUCCGCGAAAAUUUAAAAUUAAAAUCUAGUUUGUGAGAGAAACAAAUGAAUUGUUUUUAAAAAAUUAUACUGUAUUUAAAAUACUGUAUUUUCUCUGUACAUAGUUUAAUAUUUCAAAUCUUUUGUUCGUUUUCACUUAUAUCUGAUUCAACAUAUUGGAUAGUUUCAAACGAUUUUAAAUUAUCUCUUAAUUGCAAAAGAUUAAAAAUGCAUAUAUCAAACGAUAUUUGUAGAAUAUAUCUUGUUCUUAGAGCUAAUAUUGAGCAUUGGAAAUGGUGUUUUUUCUUACUAAAAAGCUUCUGGAUGAAAAGAAUCUGCUGUCAAAAAUAUGGUUAGCUGCUCACUGGGAUAAAAAACUUAAUAAAUACCAGAUAUACAGCAUAAACAUUGAAAAUACAGUGAAACAGAUAAUGUCAGAGGAGAUUGUUCUUGAUUUAAGAAUCUCUGGACACUUGCUUUUUGGAAUUGUGAGAAUCUUUUCUCGAAAAACAAUGUAUUUGUUAAAUGAGUGUAGCAGCAUCUUUUCCAGAGUAAAGAUUUACCAAACUGGCCUUAUUGACCUUCCAGAACCAAAGAGAAAAUUACCUCUUCUCUCAGCCACUCUUCCUGAUAAAUUUGAACAUUUCAAUGAUUUUAAUGGGGAAAGAUUGGAUGAAUUGCUUUCUAGUCAUCAAAGCCGCACAGAGGAUAUCACCUUGAAAGAAACAUAUCACAAUAUUCAUCUCAUUGAUGAGGAAUUUGAUGAGAGAUUCUUCAUUGAAAUGAACCAAGGAACAUUUGACGACAAUGAAGAAGAUGCAAAUCUGUUAAAAUUACUCCAAAAUGAUGAAGCAGAAAGAAAUGGUAUUAACUGUAAUGGUGUAAAUACUAAAGAUGCAAGUUCUGAUGAAAUGGAAACAGAAGGAGUAAAUGGAAUAGAACCAUAUCAUGAAAUAUCUGACGAACAUAUUGAUGGAAGAAUUGCUACUCAUAUUUCUGAAAGUGGUGAUCUUAUUUUGAUACAUGAAGCUACUCAUCAUGCAAAGAAGAGCAAAAUGACUGAACUGCUUUUAGAACCUUUGCCAAUUUCUUUCAAGUCCGCUGAUCGUUUGAAGAGAAAAAGGAAAUUAAUUAUUGAUGAGGUAAAAAUGUUAGAUGAAGAAAAACUCCAGAAUCAGUUAAGGGAUACUGAGGAUAUCACUGUUCCUUUGGACCUUGCCCCUCCUUCAAAACGAUUAAUGACCUUGAAAAGAAUUGGUGGCACUCGCAGCUUGCUGCACUUGCCUGGGCUAAAUUUAAAUUCAACACAACUUCUAAGGGUGUACCAAAGACACUUAAGACCUCCCAAAAAGGAGGAAAAUGAGCAUGAAUCUAGUGGAGAAGAAAGUGCUUAUGGGUCGAUUGGAAAACAUCCACAUAACUCUGAUGAUUUGUUCCCCGAAGAGUCGAUAGAAAAUGAAAGAAGCAAUAAUUUAGGUAUUCAUGAGUUUUCUUUGAAUGAAGGUGAAGCAAACAUGAACAGUGACCCUGAAUCAUCUGUUGAUGCAGGUGUUGACUGUGAUUUUCACGAACCAUUGUCUCAGCCAAUAAAUUUUUCUGAUGAAAUCCAGCUUGAAAUGUCUCUCUCUCACAAUAAAGAUGGUGAAAUAUAUAAUUUACAUAACAAAAUUGUCAUAUUUCUAAAAUAUAUUGGAGGGAUACUGAAAAGUGAUGAUUCUUCGAUAAAGUUUUCUCUAUUAGUACAGAGUGAUAAGAAAAUAAAGGUUUCUCGAAAAUUUUUGUUCUUGUUGAUGUUGAAGAAAUUUCAGAUUGUUGAGUUGCAACAAGAAAAGCCAUAUGACGAAAUCAUUAUUUCCAGAGGAGUCAAUUUUGUCUCAGCUUUUACAGAACUCUGCCUGAAUUAAGCUUUCUAGUCUGUCUUUCACACAAAAGUUUCUUUGAAUGUAUUCUGCUUUGUGAUCAAAAUGGUUAAUUUCAGUUUGCUUCUGAACAUAUUUUAGAAAAGACCCUUUAUCCAUAUAGAUAUUUAAAUUAGAAGGAUGCUACAUUUCAUUACCAACUAUCUCGUAUAAAAAUUAUUAAUCAUGGAUCAUAUUUUAUUCAUUUAGCAUAUUUCAUUAUUUAUGCACUAAUAAGUUUAUUUGUCUUUGUAAAACUCUGAACUCUUAUUUGCUGAUAAUUUUCUGAACCAUUACAACCUGCACUUAAAGUUUAAUUUUUUCUCAAGGGUUAUAGAAGAAAUGUUUUGACUAAAUUUUCACUAGUACAAUACCUUUAUUCAAAAUUUACAUCAUUGCAGUACAUUUUAAAUUAUUGAAGUGAGUAAAAUAAAUUAAGAAAAUAAACUGGGGUCUUAGAUCUUUUUUUUUUU